GCAAGCAUCGUAUGUGUAUGUAUACCAAUCGAUAAUUGCAGUUAUAGAACUACGAUAGGAGGCUGCUAAUCCAAGCCAAGUGAUAGGACGCUGCAGCUAUUCUGUGUGUCCUACCAAUCGUGAAUCAAGCGCCUCUUUCUUUUUUUCAGAGCUGCACAGUGUCUUCUGUGCUGCGCGUAUAGGUACCUAGUGUGUUUGACAGGUCAUCAGUGAGCGCGCAUACGGCAUUGGCAUAUCUGAUUCAUUCCCCCGCACGGUUUCGCAUCCGUCGUUCGCCAGGAUAUCAACAUACGUUUAGUUUUUCAGCUAGCCGAGUAGAGCAGUCCAGUCCAGACCCCCUCGAAGAGAGGCUAUGCCGGCGACGCCCAUCCAACAUCAUCGUCGUCGUCGUCCCAGCGCGCAGUAAAAUAUAAAAUAAUCCAGGUCAGAUAGUGGAGUUGAGAGACAAGGGAAAGGAACGACGGAAGGAGCUUUCGAGGAGCCAGAAGUCGAGCGGCUGAGUCAUGGAUAGCCAGGGUAGAAAAGUCAUCGUCUGCGACAAUGGAACAGGGUUCGUCAAAUGCGGGUAUGCAGGUGCCAACUUUCCAGCUCACAUCUUUCCAUCCAUAGUGGGACGGCCCAUCAUCCGAGCAGCCAACAAGAUUGGAGACAUCGACGUCAAUGACCUUAUGAUCGGCGAAGAAGCCAGCAAAUUGCGAUCCAUGUUGGAAAUCAGUUAUCCUAUGCAAAAUGGUAUUGUUAGGAACUGGGAAGACAUGUGCCAUGUGUGGGAUUACACCUUUGGUCCAGAGAAAAUGAACAUCGACCCACGAGAGUGCAAGAUUUUAUUGACGGAGCCGCCGAUGAAUCCAAUUACUAACCGAGAAAAAAUGAUCGAAGUAAUGUUCGAAAAGUAUCAAUUCGCUGGGACAUACAUUGCAAUCCAAGCCGUACUGACACUGUAUGCUCAGGGCUUGAUAAGCGGAGUCGUGGUAGACUCUGGUGAUGGUGUGACACAUAUAUGUCCGGUGUAUGAAGUUUACCCACUGCCGCAUUUAACGCGAAGGCUAGAUAUUGCCGGUCGCGACAUAACCAUGUACCUAAUUAAGCUACUGUUGCAACGUGGCUAUGCUUUUAAUCAUUCCGCGGAUUUCGAGACUGUAAGGAUGAUCAAGGAGAAGCUGUGUUAUAUCGGUUACGAUAUCGAGACAGAGGAGAAGCUCGCACUCGAAACGACUAUUCUUGUGGAAUCGUACACGUUACCUGACGGGCGAGUGAUAAAAGUUGGAGGCGAAAGGUUCGCAGCGCCAGAGGCUCUCUUCCAGCCUCAUCUGAUCAACGUAGAAGCGCAAGGUAUUGCCGAGUUGGUUUUUAACACCAUUCAGUCGGCUGACAUUGACAUGCGCAACGAGCUUUACAAGCACAUCGUACUUAGCGGCGGUAGCACCAUGUAUCCUGGCUUACCCUCAAGGUUGGAGCGAGAGAUUAAACAGCUCUAUCUUCAGCACGUGUUGAAGAACGACAUUACGAAACUGAACAAAUUCAAGAUUAAAAUCGAAGAUUCGCCCAGGAGAAAAGACAUGGUGUUCAUUGGCGGCGCAGUGCUAGCGGAGAUCUGCAAAGACCGGGACAGCAUGUGGAUUACGCGCGAGGAUUAUGAGGAAAAGGGACUGAAUGUUAUGAAGAAACUGGGCUCGCCUUACGCCUGAGAUUGAGCUUCGUAACUUUCGUUGAAGAAACGCAUUUACUAGUAUCUAGGAGCAUGAAAAAAUGAAGGAAAGCUCGUCUUCGCAAUAACUCCGUGGUUGGCGAAGAGAACAAAAUAUAGGUGCAAACAUGAUGAGUGUGGCGCCAAGUAAAAUAUAAACGCGCUGGUGUGUUGAACUACGGGAGAGUAAACAGUAUAUAUAAUUAAUAUUUGGAAGCGCUCAGAGUACAGUUAUUAAGAGAAUUACUUUUUUGUUAUUCCAACACCUGUGCGGCCGAACACCGGAUAUAAUAUUUACGUCUGUCGAAGUCUGUAAAGAGAUGCUCUCACAUCUCUAGUGCAUUUUCUUGACGUACACUUUUGUAAAUAUUAACUUUUAUUAAAAAACAAAAAAGAACUGAA